GAAAGCAUAAAUAAUUGCUUAAGUCGCAACAUGGCGUCUUUAGAAAUUUGUUGGAGAGUUUGUAUUCACGUGAUUUUAAAUAUUCUCCGACGAAAUAUAAGAAUCAAUAUCUGUAGCACGGAUGCGGUUCUACCUGCAGGACGCUGAGUGUCUUCUGCUUAACGCUUUCCACAAGUGACUUGUAUAAAGCCAUGCGGAUUGAUGUUCUCCGGCAUUCAAGAUUGCCUGUCGUCCCCAGAAGCCGAAAGUUGUCUUGUCUGCUCUUCCAGCGCUGCAAACAGGCGUUCGAAUCUACUUUUGACUUCAUGAGCUAGGAGCUUUUGCACAGCUUCAACUUAGCCUUCAACUGCUCCUGAUUGUGCGUGUCGAGGUUAACCUCAACCUCCACAAGUUGGCCAUCCGAGGUGCAGCAUAUUGUCGACGAAUUUUUUCCAUUAUAAGGAUCUGAUUGCAACGUCGUGAGGACCAACCAUGACCCGAUCAAAGCAGGAUGGUGGUACGACGUGGGCCACUCUUCCUCCCUUACGAGAGCAACAAACCCAUUCGUGUAAACCACGCAGACUCAAGAGAGCUGCAAGGCUUGUCAAGAACCAUGAUCCGUCCGCUGAUGACGUCGCGGCUCAUUUUGAGGUGAAGGCAGAGCCCGAGCCAGAGCAUGAGCAAGCCAUUUCAGACGCCCAUCGCCAUGCCCGUGCUUCAGACAAGAAGCCCGCAAACGAAUCCGAGGUCGCCUCUUCGCGUGCUGUGCUGGAAAAUCCACAAGUUGGUGACAGUCCUGGAGUUCUUACAAAUCGAGGUCCAGAUUCGCAGCCACUGUGAAAUUGCUGGCCAUAUCUCCAGGAACCUCUUCGCACUGCGAGAAAUUUUCGGGAUACUUUUUCCACAUUCUCAAUCGGCGAAUUGUGAAUUUCAUGAUCGGUGGAAGAGAAUAAUUUAUUAUCAAUGAAGUGAAUGUCUGAGUUGGCUUUGUAGCCACGUAAACUUUUAAUAAGUCGAUAAAAUUAUUACGC